CAUCUGAGCAUGCUCAGUAUGGUUAAAUGGGGAAAGCGGUGCUACAGCGGCAGUAAGGAAGCGUCAUUCGCGGAAGCGGGCGCAGAAGGGUGAGCGCGGUGCACUUUGGGAGUGGUAGUGCUCUCCUCCCUCGACGCCUGAGAAGGAGGGGAAAGGCAGGCUUCCGCGCCGCGGGGGAGGACUGCGCAUCCCAGGAUACCCCGCGCGGGUGUUUCUCGGAGGCGGGGUCGUGAGGAAGGCGGCCGUGUGAGCCGCUGAGGAGACAGGAGCAGGAUGUAUACUCUGCUGUCUGGGCUGUACAAGUACAUGUUUCGGCGGGACGAAUAUUGCAUCUUGAUCCUUGGACUGGACAAUGCUGGGAAAACGACCUUCCUUGAACAGACUAAAACAAGAUUUAACAAGAGCUACAAAGGAAUGAGUUUAUCGAAAAUCACAACCACUGUGGGCUUAAACAUUGGCACUAUCGAUGUGGGCAAAGCCAGGCUUAUGUUCUGGGAUCUUGGAGGUCAAGAGGAACUACAGUCUCUCUGGGAUAAGUAUUAUGCAGAGUCCCAUGGUGUCAUCUAUGUUAUUGAUUCCACUGAUGAAGAGAGGCUUUCAGAAUCUAAGCGAGCUUUUGAGAAGAUGGUGACCAGUGAAGUCCUGGAAGGUGUGCCGCUGUUGGUUCUUGCUAACAAACAAGAUGUAGAGCAGAGGAUACUGAGCAUAUACCUGUACCCGAAAAAGGCGAUGGUUCCGGAACAGCUGAAAACUUUCGGGGAUGAAAGCUAAAGAACUGAGUCAGAUAAAAGUGACAAGAGAUGAUGUUCUAACUGACUGGAAAAACUGAAAACUAGCAAAUCGCCAGGGUAGGCCAUCCAAGAGUCCUAAAGAACUCAAAUGUGAAAUUGCCUUGCUAAAAUAUAUAACUUAUCCCUACAAUCAGGCUCUGUACCAGAGGACUGGGAAGUAGCAAAUUUAACACCGAUUUUCAAAAAGGAAUCUUUAAGUCACUUCCUGCCACUCUGUCCCCCCACCAUCUGCCUUUUGAAAAGACAGGAUGGGAUCAGGAACAGAAACAAGACAUCAUGUAAGGGGAGAUGGAGGAGGGAGAUUGGGGUGGCAGGAAUUGGGGUGGAGAUGGGAGCAAUCAGCAGGGGUGGGAAUUGGUGAGUGGUGUACUUUGGACACCACCAAGAUCAGCAAGCGAGUGGGAGAUGUAGGGGAGAUUAGGUGGGGAUGGGGUGGAAAUCAUCAAGGGGCAGAGAUAAGCAUUGGGGCCAGCUAACUACACCACCUCAGACACCAGAGGGGGACUUGGACCAGGCCUACCAGCAGCAGGGUUUUAUGAGUAUCCAAGGUAAGAGAAGUCCAAGGUUGUGGGUAGCUACUGAGAACAUCUCCCCACAUGCCUUUCCAGUCUGGAUUGGGAAUGGAGAUGUGUGACAGCCUCCUUGUUGAUCCUAAAGGCUGCAAAAGAGAAAAAGAGAGACAGAGGCACCCGGGGGGGGGGUGGAAUUGAGAGGGCAAGCCUCCACUGCACUGACGGCACCCACCUAUCCAUCCGGAGCUGCAUCUAACAGGUUCAUAGCCCUACAAACCAUCACUUGAGCCUCUCUUGAACCUCUAGGCAGCCAAGCAGACCUGAAGACUGUCUAGGCUGUCAUCAGCAUCUGUAAAAACACUUAGGAUUAUUAUUGCAAUAGUUCCCAAGCGAUUAUUGCCAUGUGUGGGAUGAACAAAACCGUACUGGUAAAUGAUUGUUUUGCUUUCAUAUUAGGUCUGACCCCAGGCUCUCACACCAGUUGGGAACAGAAAGGGAAAGCAAGCCAGAAAAUAGUUUUGCUAGCUCGAUAAGAUUAGCAUGGCAGGGGGUGCAACAGAAUCAAAAGGAAAAGCAACAUUCCCAGAACAAUAGGUGCUCUAUGUACGCAUGUAUGCAUCCAGCCGGGUAAAAAAUCCCCUAAUUUCUGCCACCCUUUCUGUUUUCCUUUCCAAGCUGGAUCAGCAUCUAAUUGGAUUCUGGCAGGAGUAAGUCCACCAGGCAGGGAAUUCCCCACAUCUUCGAGAUCUAGCAGCCAGUGGAUCUCCUUGCAAAUCCAUUCACCAGCUGUGUGAGUUGGAUAGGGGGGAGCUAGGGUUGAGGUGCAAGAGACAGUUCAGUAUGGUGAGGAGUGAACCUGAGUAGAUGGGACCGGAGUGUCAUCCUUGGAGCAUGCUCUUCCUGUCUUGGGAGAGCCUCCUUUGCUCCCAGGAGCAAAUUGUCUUGGGACUGCCCCUGGAAAAGCCCCUCUCCUGGGUAGCCACCUGCCUAACAGGGGGCAGGGGUCUCUGAAGAAGGUCCUCCCAUGAAGAUCUGAGUGGCUGGGCAGUUUAUAUGGGAGCAGGCCAUCUUUUAAGUACCCCAGACCUAGAUUCUGAUAUGUAUUUAUAGGUUUAGAAGAGCAUCUUGAAUUGUGCCUGGAAAGAGACUGGGAGCCUCUUUCUAUAAGAGCCGUAUAUAAAUAUUCGUAGUAAUAGUAGCAGAGACAUUUGGGAAUGGGGCCAUAGCUCAGUGUUUGGCAUGCAUGCAGAAGGUCCCAGGAUCAAUCCCUGGCAGCAUCUCCAGGUAGGGCUGGGAAAGAGCCCUGCCUGAAACCUUGGAGAAGCUGCUGCCAGUCAGUGUAGACAGUACUGAGCUGGAUGGACCAAGGGUCUGACUCUGUAUAAGGCAGCAUCCUGUGUUCUUAAAAAACAGGCGUCUGUGUCUUUCCCACACAUCCCUGCUGAGCUCUUUGGCAAUUCAAAGAGGCAAUUUGUUGCGCAGACCACCAAAUGUGAGAGAUGUCUCUCCAGACCUCAAUUCCUCGUCUGUACAAUGAGAAUACCACCAGCCCUUCUCUGCUCUUACAUGGCAGUGAUGAUGACAGGUUAAUGGUGAGCUGGCUGGGAUCCAGCUGGCCAUGUUCUCAGACAAUCGCCCAAAGGCAAGCAGAUAUCCUUCGCAUACCCAGCAUGUCCUCGUCCAACCUCUUUUUCUUGAAAAGGUUCCAAGGCGGAGACUUCACAGCCUCCCCAGCUCCCUGAUAGGUGCCCAGCCAGCCUUCACUGAUUGCAGUUAUAGGCAGCUUGUUCUGCUGCUUAACGUCUCCUGAAGAUUUAACCAAAACAUGACUUAGGAGGAAUCAAACCUCCCUGUAGUUUAAGAACAAGUCACCUUAAGUGAUGCAGUGGGGAAAUGCUUGACUAACAAGCAGAAGAUUCAAAUCCCCACUGCUACUACCUGUAUAUCGGAGGCAGGAGGCAGGAGCGAUAUAGGAAGAUGCUGGAAGGCAUCAUCUCAUACUGCAUGGGAGGAGGCAAUGGUAAACCCCUCCUGUAUUCUACCAAAGAAAACCACAGGGCUCUGUGGGCACCAGGAGUUGACACCUACUUGAUGGCACACUUUUACCUUUAAUUUAAGGCAUCUCUGUAAAUAACAGGUGCUGCAGAGCAUCUCAACGUUUAGCUGGUGUUUGCCACAGCAAACAGCAGGAGAGGAGAGCUGGUCUUGUGGUAGCAAGCGUGACUUGUCCCCUUAGCUAAGCAGGGUCCACUCUGGCUGUAGAUGAAUGGGAGACUAGAAGUGUGAGCACUGUAAGAUAUUCCCCUCAGGGGAUGGAGUCGCUCUGGGAAGAGCAGAUUCCAAGUUCCCUGCCUGGCAGCAUCUCCAAGAUAGGGCUGAGAGAGAUUCCUGCCAGCAACCUUGGAGAAACCGCUGCCAGUCUGUGAAGACAAUACUGAGCUAGAUAGACCAGUGGUCUGACUCAGUAUAUGGCAGCUUCCUAUAUAACAAGGAUAUCUCACACCAGCAAAUGUCUUUCUGGACAACCUUAUAGGGCCAGGUUUUCUAGACUGGUGGAAUCAAGUGUCUUAAACAUCCACGUAUGCUCAGUUAUGAUGCCUACAGUGUGCCGCAUGACAAUCACAAUGCACCAAGAACUAAGGUGUGGAAGAAGUAAGUCUGAUGACCUUGGAGAAUAAGCCAGUCUAUUUCCUAUUUAUUGGAAGCAGCUUUGCUUAUUUUCUGAGCUCAUCUGAUGGCUCAUUUGGGAUCAUUUGGCCAUUGCUAGUUUGCAGCAGAAGAGAAGGCACUGAGCUGUGGGGAAAGGGAAGCUUUCUGGUACUCAAAGCACUGCAUGUGCAGAUAGCAAGCCUUAUAAAUACCUUGUAAGGUAAAGCAGGAGGGAUGUGCAGAAUGUUCCAUCGGCAGUGGUCAGCACCACCACACAAAUGGCGGCCGUGCAUGUGCAGAGACUAGAAGAGCACCAUUAUGGAGUCCAAAAUGGCACAUGGAACAUUUUGAGUGUUUUGAGCGCGUUCGGACAGAACAUUCUGGGUAUUUGUGUUCCAUUCCAAGCUCGGAACGGAACACAAAUAUUGUUCCAUGCACAUCCCUAGAAGGCAAUAUUCUCCACAUAUUGCAAAUGGGGGUGAGGCUGAGAGAGGGUGACUUGCCUAGAGCCUCAACUAAUAUUCUCCCCAUGAGCACACCCCCAACCAAGACCCUGCCCCCAUUAACGCCUCUCCAUCGUUUCUUUCUUUAAGCAUUUUUUAUGCUGCCCAAAACUCACAUCUUUGGGCUGUUUACAAUAAAACAACACAGAUUAGAAACAAAGUUGAAUCAUUAAAACAAUGAUAGAUUUUAUAAGUCUAAUUAAAAGCCUGGGUGAAAGGAUUGGACAGAGCCUUGCCAGAAAGGAUUGGACAGUACCAAUUUCCUGCAGGAGUCUCAAGUGUUAAUGGACAUUUCCUCCUGCUCUGGCAAAUCUUUCUGGUAUCCAGUAUAUUCUUAAGAAAAAAAUUUGACACAUGCCACAGCAUUUGAUUCGAGGACAUGCUUUCAUGGCUGAAGCAUCUGUAUCAGUUCUGUGUUCCAGCUUUGUCAUAUCAUUUCCAAGUCAGAUUUUAGUGUGGCUUGGAGACAACAGAUCUCUAUAAGGCAAGGGUCCCCAGAUGUUGGACUGCAACUCCCAAGACCCCCAGCCAAAGCUGCAGUUCAACAACAUCUGGAGACCCACGUUUGAGAUCCCUACUGUAAGGUUCUAGAACUUUAUAGGCCCGGCAUCCUCUCUAAUAAAACGCUUGGUGUCCGUCCGUGGACGGACACCAAGCGUGCGUUUGUGCCUCGCCUGUUCUGGGCAUGCACGGAGCACAUGCCCAGAACAGAGCAUGGCAGGCAUGACAGGCAGGACCCGGCAGCCAUCUUGGGCGGCCAGAAACGGCCGCCCUGAAGAAGCCGGGACUGCGGAGGAGGGGGACACUCUUCCCGAACUGGUGCUUUGGGCGCAAAGGACGCCUAUUGCGUCCUUUGCGUCCAUAGCAGCAGUUUGGGCAUUGGCUUAGCACAGAGAGGAGCUCUGUUCGGGAGCUCCUCUCUUCUUCGCAAAAACUGCUUUUAGAUCGCCCGACUGUCGCGGGCUGCUUCGGGUAAGGAGGUCUCGGGCAGCUGGGAGGGCGGGGGGGGG